AAAAGGACUCCGAAUCUACUGAACCUCGCGGCUUUCCGUAGUUUCCCCCUCUCUGAUCAUUACCACAUAUUCCUUGUCCCGUUUGAGGCAAACACUUAGCGCUUGCUAGCUAGCUAGCUUUUGCGCAACAUUAGUGGGCUCGGUUCGCAUACUUUACAUUUAUAGGUUGGUAAGGUUUUAUGAAAAAUACUGUAGUGUUGUUUUAAUAUUGUGUGGCACGAUGUGUGGUAUAGGCCCCGCCCAUCCGAAGAGGUAAACAAAGUAUAUCUCCGUCACCGAACGUGAUCGAGCUAUUUUACAGUCGCCAUCAACACCAGACUCUUAGUUGUCGCCUGUAAAUGGAAAUACAAGUCAUUUCGCCAUGAAUUGUCGCUCAGAGGUUCUUGAAGUAACGGUGGAGGCGAGGCAGGUUGAAGAAGCUAUGCUGGCUUUGCUGCACACCAUUUUACUGCAUCGCAGCUCCGGGAAAUUUCACUACAAAAAAGAGGGCACCUACUCCAUAGGUACUGUGGGUACACUUGACAUCGACUGCGACUUCAUCGAUUUCACGUUCGUCAGGGUGUCCUCGGAGGAGCUGGACAGAGUGAUCAGGAAGGCUGUGUCUGAAUUCAAGGAUGCGUUGAGCAACUCUGGCAGCGAUGGCAUGGGGCAAAUCUCCCUUGAGUUUUACCAGAAGAAGAAGUCUCGCUGGCCCUUUUCUGACGAGUGCAUUCCUUGGGAAGUGUGGAGCAUCAAAGUCAACGUUGUCAACCUGGCCAAUGAGCAGGAGAGACAGAUCUGCAGGGAGAAAGUGGGUGAGAAGCUGGGCGAGAAGGUGAUCAAUGUGGUUGAGGUCAUAAACCGCCAUGAGUAUCUGCCAAAGAUGCCCACCCAGUCCGAAGUGGACAAUGUUUUCGACACAAGUCUGAAAGAUGUCCAGCCCUACCUUUACAAAAUCGCAUACCAGAUCACAGACUCUUUGGGCACUUCUGUAAGCACAACAAUGAGAAGGCUGAUCAAAGACACCCUGGCACUGUGAGGAUUUGCUCCAAGACAAAAGCGAAAGAUCUGGACGAUUUCAUCAAAAACCGUAUCUGUAGUGAUGCAUUUAGUACUUAAGUAAUCAGUAAAUCAGUUUGAUGUCUCUGCUCUGGUGUCGGUAUUGCUUGUACCUUUUUUUAAAAAUCUUAAUUGUUUUAUUUAAAUUCACUUUUUUGUCUGCAUUUUCUGGGAAUGUAACUUUAACCCAGUUGCAAAUAACACCAUUUAUCAGUAUAUUCAAUACUUUCAUAAAUUGUGUACUGAUAGUCAUAUCUGUAAAUCAUUGAUAUUCUUGACAAUAAAUGUCUGUUGUAACUGCUGGUACUUACAGUCACAGCUCUUUCAAAGUAACCAUUCAUUCUCUCAAACCUCCCAAACUUUUCAGAUGACAACUCCUGGGAAAGAGAUUUUUUUUUUCUUUUUCUGAGAGAUAUAGCUGAGUUUGCGAACAGAUUUCCUCAUCCAUGUGAACACUUCCUCUCUGCACACAGUUGCAUGCAGAGUGUGACCAUACACAUGGGUAGGACAGGAUUUCCAGCUUGCCAUUUUUCCAAAUUAAAGAGAACACCUCCUUAGUUCACUCUCGAGUUUUCCAGCCAGAAAUCCACGUCAUCGUGGCCCCAAGCUUGAAAAACAUCCCCCUUGCUGAGGUUUGUCUGUCAGCUGGAUAACAUGUGCUGGUUUCACAUACUUUAGUUACACAGGUAGACAAGCUGUAUCAUCCUUCACACGCUGUCCCAUCAGUGGGCUGUUGAUAUCUGUACUUAUUGAUAUUUAUACCAUACAUGGCAAUGUUAUUUUUUGUACAUUAUUAGAUCCAAGUUUAGGUGACAAAGAAGCUUCGGUAAAAAGGAACUUGUCAUUCUCAAAUUUCAGGUUCAGAUAUGUAUUUUGAGUUUCUUCUGGAUCAAUUAAAAAAACCCUCAUACUG